AUGAUGAAGCAGGCGGGAGUCGUGUGUGUGGCGGUGGCGACGCUGUGCUCAGUGACCUCCUACACCGCGGCCAGCCACUCCGCGCCCUUUCUCCAAGAUUCUGAUCCUUCAAACAUCCUCCAGAAGAGAGACUACAAGGUUUCUGAGGACAUACCGGCAGCCCCUGCAGGUGAAGACGGGUUCUACUACUACUAUUACCCUUUGGAGGAGAAGAAGGAGUCGAUAAAGAAGUUGGGCAACGACCUCGAUAAGUGCACCGGCGAGAAGCUUCUCGCCCCUCUCAUCAUCAUUUGCAUCUUUCUGGGCAUCAUCGCCUUCAAGGACAUUGGACUCGUACCCAUUUUCCAAAUUCCGCCCAUUACCGUCCCUAAACUAACUAUCCCAGACAUCAAAUUUCCAAAGGCCCGAGAGCUGUCCGAGUAUGUUCCUUGGGAUGCUGUUAACCAGAUGACACUAGCAGUGACUGAGGCAGUGGAGAGUGAAGAGUGUUUACCACGCCUGAUGUGUGAGUCAGGCAAGUAUGCUACUAACUACACUACAGCUUUAAGUUUACUGGAGCUCUUCAUACCACAAAGAUUGAAAACCCACAUGAAGAUCCUCAAAGAUUCUGCACUUGUGAAGAAUGACUGCACUAGUUAUAAGUGCAGCUAUGCAGAGGAAUACAAUGAAACUUAA